AUGGUCCAAACAAGAAGGAAAACAGCAGCGGCUGCACAAGAUGGCGCAGUGAAAGAGAAUAAAGCGAUGCCAUCUGCACCGCAGACACCGACGAAAAAUAGAAAGCGAGGACGUCCGCCAAAAAUUAAAUCCGAAACAUCGACUCCGAGUAAUUCUAGCACUUUGAGUGCCGCAGGAAAAGCUCAACAUAAUUCCGACGAUAAAGUUAGAGAACCGAAGCUUCGCAAUGGAUGUAAAAGCCAGGACGACGAUAUGUUAUUAAUAAAUGGGAUAGCUUCUUCUUCAAAGGAAGAAAAAUGUAAGGUGGAUGAUUUUCCAUCACCCAAGCCGAUUUUUCGAAGAAAAACUUCGUCGGAAGAGGCAGAAUUGAAUUCAUCGUCUUACUCCUCUUCCUCCAAGCGGGUAUCGAUUAAUAGGUUAAAAGCUGAAGAGAAGGAAGACGAAGAAGAAAUAGAUGAUAAGCAAGCGACAGCUAGUACAGACAACUCUCAAUUUGAUGUUAAGAUCUCAAAUACCGAUGAUCCUGUUUCUCCUUUGCAUCCAGACGACCCUCAGCCUUCUACGAUUCCUAUAGCUCAAGAUCUAUAUUCAUCAGCCUCAAUAGAGCUGGAACCAAGUUCUUCUACAUCUUCUGCAGCGUUUCUAUCAAAAUCUGAGAUAAAUUCGGCAUCAACAGUGUCUUCAGGGCAUAGUUUACACCAGGCACCAGUAACGGACGAUUCAGAGUGCAUGGAUAUAGCUGACUCAGAGAGUGAAGGUGAAAAUAGUGUAGCAGAAGAAGGUGAUAAUUUGCCUGACGACUCGUCAUCUUCCAUACCCUUACCAUCAUCCACCCCUCCAAAAAAUGCAAUAAAAGAGAUACAUGUAGACGUUGAGCAGCCAUGCUCAGCUACACCAAUUGAGAAGCCGCCAUGGGAUCGAAGCGAUGAAAGAAAUGAAAAAUCGAAUACCAUGGGUUCUCCUGGUAUGCAGCGGCCCAAGAUACACUUCUUACACCCAGCAUUCUCGAGUUUUCCCAGCGAUACUAUGACAUCUCCAAAUCCUGUGCCACCGGAACCAGGUCCAAAAUCGAACGAAAAUGGAGCUUCUGUAGCUUUCAAAAUGACUUUCAAAAAAACCCCUAUGAAUCCGCUACUAAAGGCGUCUGCUUUGGAACAACCUUCUACAUCUUCAGCACCGUACGUGUCAGCGACAGCAGAACCUUCUGCAGUCAACGAGUCUCUUGCUUCUCCUCAGAAACGUAGCUCGAACUUUGGAACUGCGACAUCCAAUGUUUUACCACCCCCACAAAUGGUCGAACUCCCAAAAUUAUCUUUCUUCAAUAACGCAUCAACGACGAAGCCGGUUGAUUCAGUUCAAGUUGAGAUUUCUUCUCCAAAGCCGAGUUCUUCUGUCACAACUUCUAGUAAACACUCAGAAACGGAGCUCCAAGCAGCGAAAAAAAGAGCCGAAAAAGUUGCACAAGAUAUAGAGCGACGUCGUCAUGAAGAAGGGAGGCAUAAAGGAGAAGAGAGAAGAGAAGAAGGCAGGUAUAAAGAAGAAAGAGAUGAUUACGAGCGCAGAAGGGAUGAACGAGAUCGAAAGUACAGGAAAAACGAUUAUGACAGAAAAUAUGACUCUGACAGGAAGAACGAUUUUGAGAAGAAAAGUGAUCAAGAGAGAAAAAAUGAUUCGGAGAGAAAGUUCGAUAUGGAUAGAAGAAGUGAGUCAGAUCGAAAUGAGCAAUCAUCAAGAGUAAGACAACGAGAAGAUGAUGAGAGGAGAGCUCGCGAAAGAGAACGUGAAGUCACCAGGAGACAUGAUCGUGAACGCGAAGAGGAAAGGAUUCAGAAGCUGAGAGAGGAGAAAAGAAAAAAUGAAGAAGCAGAGAGAAAGCAACGAGAGAUUGAAGAAAAACAGAAGAAAGAGGAAGAGCUCAAGAAAUUGGAGGAAAAGAAGAUCAAGGACGAGGAAAAACGGCUGAAGGAAGAAGAAAUGAAGAUUCCAGAGUUUGAAUUGAUCACAGAAUGCAAAUACCUUACAAGAAGCGCUAACAAAAAAAGAACCGAAUCUCUGUUGUGUGAAUGUGGACGGACUGGUGGAACAUGUUCCGACAAUACAUGCGUUAAUCGAGCAAUGAUGACAGAAUGCCCUUCUUCGUGUACAGCCAAGUGCAAAAAUCAGCGAUUCGCAAAAAAGAAAAUCGCAUCAGUAGAAGCCUACCACACUGGAACAGCUAAAGGAUGCGGAUUGAGAGCACUGAAAGAUAUUAAGAAAGGCCGAUUUAUCAUUGAAUAUAUCGGAGAAGUAGUCGAACGCGAUGAUUACGAAAAACGAAAACUCAAGUAUGCGGCUGACAAAAAACACAAACAUCACUAUCUGUGCGACACGGGAAUUUAUACGAUUGAUGCAACGGUCUACGGCAAUGCUUCUCGCUUCGUGAAUCAUAGUUGUGACCCGAAUGCCGUUUGUGAAAAAUGGUCUGUUCCGAAAACGCCUGGUGACAUCAGCCGAAUCGGUUUUUUCGCUAAAAAGUUCAUCAAAUCAGGUGAAGAAAUCACUUUUGACUACCAAUUCGUGAACUAUGGACGAGACGCUCAGCAGUGUCUGUGUGGUGCUCCUUCGUGUACAGGGUGGAUAGGAGAGAAGCCGGAAGAAUGCUCAUCAAGCGACGAAGACGAUGACGAUGUCAUCACUACGAGCCACAUCACGAUGGACGAAGACCAGGAAGAAAAACUAGAAGAGCUGGCUGACCUGGAUUCAUAUCAAAGAACGGAACUGAUAAACGAAAUGCUUGAAGAUUUGAAUCUGAGAACAAAGAAACAUGCAAGAAAAGUUAUUACCAUAGCUACAAGAAUGACUGACCAUGCACAACGUGAGCAGCUCCUCAAAGAUAUAUUUUCUACUGACACGAAUCUAGCUCUCCAAACUUUCUACGCCAAGGAGGGGAUGGCUUCACUAAUGGGCGAAUGGCUUGAGGCGGAUGACUAUACGUUACCAAAUCUCCAACUGGUCCAAGUGAUACUACAAACUCUCCAUGGUGAUGCUUUCUUGUCAUGUGCAAGAUCGGAUAGUCUCUUAUUGGAAGUAGUAACUCGCUGGUCGGAGUCGACUCCAGGUCCUUGGGUCAACAUUCAUGCAGUGAUGAAUGCAUUGGUAGCAUGCACUGAAGCUCCUGAAAAGGAUUACAAAAAUGUUGCAGAAGAAGCUGAAAAAGAAAUCGUGGACAACUUCAACAGAGCGAAAGAAAUGGCCUACCGACUGAAUCAUCACUGGUUCUAUCGCUCAGUAAGCUUUAGAAUUCCCAAAAAGAAGCCAACGGUUGAAAGAAAUGCUUCUCGGAAUGCGGAAGCAUCGUCUUCUUCGUCGCAAUUGGUGGAAACUAGUCAGAAUCGAAAUUCUUCUCCGGUCUACAAUCGCCAUCGUCAUCAUUACAACACUUCCUACUAUAACAACGAUCAGGAAUCUCAUCCCCGUUUCUUCAACAAUGGCAACGAUGUUCAUCAAUACCGCUUUACUGGCUAUCAUGGCAAUAAUUACAAGGAGAACUACCUAACACGUCGUCAAAACAAGGAUACGUAUCGUGAUCGCAGACGCGGUGCUCGUAGAUCAAGAAGUCGCUCAAGAAGCAUCUCUCCGCAGAAUUAUAAGAGAAGAAAAGUGGAUGAUCGUGAUAAUCACAGAAACCGUUCUCCGGUUGCCGAUAGACGGGUCGCUAGUUCCGAGGACAAGUCGAAAGAUUCUGUUAAAAACGAUAGGGAUGGUGCCCGCAGCGUAGCAGUCAAAGAAGAAAUGGAUACUCCAUCUGUCUCAGAAUAUGCCCCCAGACAUCCCUCCUAUCCAUUGCAGCCAGGCUUUGAGCAUUAUGCAGGUUUAUAUGAUGUCAAUACAGGAGUUCCAUAUAACGCCUAUCAUCAAAAUCCCGCUUAUUACCCACAUCCAUAUUCCGUUCCACAAGUUCCUCUGGCGAUAGAAACUUUGCCAAACAAAGAUUCUCUCUACAUUCUUUACGACAAAGCCACUCUCGAACAACUUUGUAGCCGUCUGCAAAGUGUUGAAGAAGAAGUUGAACUCCUCAAAGGCUUAAUUCAACAACGACGUGAAGAAAACGCAGCGGCAGAAAGAAUGGAGGCAGAACGUCGCCGACAGGAGGACGUUGAUACAGCUCGCAAAAUACAAAACAUGAAGUAUGUAUGGGCGACUGCCAAGGAUCCAGAUGGUCAGACCUACUACUAUAACAAAGUCACCAAAGAGACUCAAUGGCAUCUACCGACUGCCGAACAAGGUCUUCUAGAGCCAGAAGGAUAUGUAUGCCCUGUCAUGGCACAAGUUGCAGAAGAGCAACGCCAACGAGAAAAAGCACUGAAGGCAGAAUCUAAAGUUGACUCACUAGAACCAGUUCAAAUGGAAUUUAAGCAAGAGCUCGAAGAUAAUGAAGGCGAAACCAAGGAUCGCCAGAAACGAUCUACAACGGAAAAAUCAUCUGUGUCUCCAAAGCCUCAUCGCGACCGUGAGUAUGAUCGGGAGCGAGAUCGCCGAGAGGAUUCCCGUUCUCGUGAUCAUAACAACAAGGAUUCGUGUAGGGAAAGUAUGGCUAGUGAACGUCGUAUUCGCGAGUUCAAACAAGAACUAGAGCGUUCUAUUCGCUCGGAAGUUAGAUCCCAUUCACGCCUACAAUAUUCACAAGAAGCUACUAGCGAUAAAACUACAUGGCUGAUCAAAUUGAUUGCUAAGGAAAUGUUCAAACGAGAAAGUUCUCAGCAUAAAUUCGACUUUCAAUUCUCUGAAAACACAGAUAAAAAGGUCAGAAACUACACAAAAUCGCUAAUUGAUCAAGGUUUCAGAUUCUUCAGCUUCGUCCUUAUUUUAAGAUUCACAGAGUUCUGGGAAAAAUUCUUGUUUCAGAUGUCCAAAAGGGUUACGGUGAAGAUCGAACACUCGAAAAACGUAUUCUUCGAAAAAGUGUUAAAACAACAACACCAAGAGCAAGAAGAUCGGAAACUGAAAUAUGUUCUUCACAAGGCUCACGAAAAUUUGAAAAAGUGUCCAUUUGAAAUUCGGAAUAUUGUCGACUUGAAAAAUGUGCAAGGAAUCGGAGAGAAUAUUGCAUUGAAAUUAGAAGAGACGUGGAGUGUUGCUUGCCAAGAAAACAAUGGACAGGAGCCGAACCUCAAAACCAUCAAAAAAUUCACCUCGGAAGACUGUAAAAGAUUUAUUAAUGGUCGAAAAUCGAAUACCGAACGGAUGAAAGAUGCAAAACGUCAAGAAAAACUUCAAAAGUCAAUAUCUGCUAAAGUUAUCAACGACGAUGAGUUUGUGUCUACUGAUGAGGACGGCAAUAUUCGGAAGACGACAUCGUCCAAAAAUAUCUCGAAAACCAAAAGUCAGCCAUUGAUAGCUCGUCCUCCAAUUUUAUUGCAACGAAUGAGGAGUGAUAUCUCAUCUUCUUCAAACACUUUGCCUACAUCGUCUUCUUCCUCGGAACCAUUAUCGUUUCGUAUUCUGACUUGUAAGCCAUAUGAGCAACCAACCGUAUACCUGAUUGCAGAUAACCGGGAGCAUCGUAACAAUCCCCGUUUGAAGUCUGUUAUCGAGCAUCUUGUGAAACAAACUGAAAUUCGUGUUGACAUUCGAUCUCUUUCUGUUGGUGAUUACAUAUGGGUAUGCCGGAAAAUCGAUGGAUCAGAGAUUGUGAUGGAUUGGGUCGUGGAAAGAAAAACGUGGGAUGAUUUGCAGUCAAGUAUUCGAGGAGGGAGAUAUGAUGAACAGAAAGCUAGAUUGAGAAUGGCACCAAUGAAGAACCGUGUUUAUUUGAUUGAAGCACACAAUAAAGGAGAUGUAGCUUGCGAACAGGCAGUGGCUUCAACACUGUCUAAUGGAGGUUACUUAAUUCAAAGAUGUGCUGAUACUCGUGAUACUGCUGCCUUUCUCAAAGAACUCACUAUUCGUCUAAUGAACAAAGCAGCUGUUGAGGAAAUUUCGGGCGUUCCGUUCAAUCAACUUCAAAGUCUUCUCCAAAAGAAAAAGGCUGAAACUGUUAAAGAUGCAUGGAUCCGACAAUUAAUGGUGUGCCCUGGAAUGUCUCAAUCUCGAGCCGAAGCCGUUGCGGAUCGCUUCCCUUCUAUGAUUUCACUUCUUAAAUUUUUCCGAUCCAACGGUGAUGAUGCACCUAUAAGGCUGCUGCAUAUAUUACCACAGCUAACUCGUCCUAUAAGCCGUAACUUGUUCAAAUUCUUUAUUCAAUAA